AUGAACUUCUUCAGGCCCUUCUCGCCGCCGGGGAAGCCGCCGGUGAGCCCCAGCAGCUCCUUCUCGAAGGCGGCCUCGCCGGCGCCGAUGGCCGGAGCGGGGGAGGCCGUCGGCGUCGGCGGCGGAGCGGGUUCUCCGCCAGAGGCCGGCGGGGGGUCGUUGAGGAACUUUUGGAGGCCCUCCUCGCCGUUGCAGAGGCCGCGCCCGCCCAAGAUCUCCGACAGCCGGAACUUGGCGGAGAUCCUCGCCGGCGGCGCCGCCGGGAAGCCCGCCGACGGCAGGCGAUGCCCCCCCCCCCUCGCGAGAUGGGCCGGCGAGGCCGCUCCCCAGAAGGACGACCUCGCCGGAACAAGGAAGGACGACGCCAUCGCCAGGCCCCGAGAGCUGCCCGGAGAGGAGGAGGAGGAGGAGGAGGAGGAGGACGACGACGACGAUGACGAGGAAGGGAUUCGGAUAGAGGAUACGAGAGAGAGAGAGAGAGAGAGAGCCCUUCCAGAGCUCGCUCCGCCGCGAGGAUCCGGCCAUUAUCUCUGCACCGCACGUUGCCGUGGUGGGCCAGCAGACCCAGCGGCGGUAAAAGUCCAAGGUCAAAUCUUCGGGUAAUUCUUCCGAAAACCCGCCGCCGGGCGGACGUGGUCUCCGACAGGGACGGAUUCACCGCCACCUGGGGGUUUCUUCCAUUCACUGUACGUACUUGUUAUCGGCCCUUCCGGUUUUCCAGUACCAGCUGGAGAAAGGAAUCCGAUCUCUUCCCGAGAUUAACCUAAAGGGUUCGUCGUAACCUCCAUUCUAAGACCUGCUUCUUGCUAUUCGCAGGUUCCGGCUGCAAAACCUCUCCUGCUUGAUCAGAAAAUUUUCUCCGGGAACUCCGUCGGCGUUCCUGCGGAAGAACACCGACGAAGAAGGGUCCAGAGACCACGUCGAUGGCAUGGUUAAAACCCUCCUAGAAAAGAGAUAA